AUGGACAAUGUAUUGUUGUAUUGGGAUGAUAUGCUUCUGAUGGUGGGACCUUAUGGAGAUCUGGUUCACUAUCUUUAUGAUGAACCCAUUAUCCUUAUCCCAGAGUGUGAUGGAGCUAGGAUAUUGUCUAACUUAAACAUGGGGUUUCUUCAACGGGUCCCAUCUUCUAUUGAAUCUAUCUUCAAGAUUCAGAGCAUAGAACGAACAGCUUUAUUGUAUGAUGCUUUGGAUCAUUAUGAUAGGAGGAAUGCAAAGGAGGAAUACAAAGGUAGGGUGUCAUGUGCGCCUCACACUCACAGCCCACCUUCAUGA